AAAGGUAAACCCAAAAAAAAAAGAAAGAUAAGAACGUCUCAAUUUUCUCUUCCUAUGGCUCUGCCUUUAUUCUUUCUCACUCUGUUUUUAUUUGCCUUCCCAUCCAAAACUUUAAAACCACAUUUUAGUUUAUGAGAGUAAAUACACAGGUUUUAUAGAGUCACUUCUCUUUGUUCUUUGAAUUUCUUGGACUUCUCUUCAUUGAUUACAGAUACCAGCCAUGUCGUUCAGAAUCAGGGGGCCAAAUGCUUCUUCAGGCAUGGGUGUUGCUGAUCACAGCAAAAACACAUUUUUGGAGCUGAAGAGGAAGAAGGUUUAUCGUUAUGUAAUUUUCAAGAUCGAUGAGAAGAAAAAUGAGGUUGUAGUUGAGAAGACUGGAGGUCCAGCUGAGAGUUAUGACGAUUUCACUGCGUCCUUGCCUGAGAAUGAUUGCCGAUAUGCCAUUUAUGACUUCGAUUUUGUGACUUCUGAGAAUUGUCAGAAGAGCAAGAUAUUCUUCAUCGCAUGGUCACCUGCAGUCUCCCGAAUUCGUGCAAAGAUGCUGUAUGCCACAUCCAAAGACAGGUUUAAACGGGAGCUUGAUGGUAUCCAUUAUGAGAUUCAGGCUACUGACCCUACAGAGAUGGAUCUUGAAGUUAUUAGAGACCGUGCACACUAAAGUGUCUGCAAGGUUUGUUUCAUGGAAGAAUAGAAAAUGAAUAGGAUUUUGCCAAUUUAUGGAUAAGUGCUUCCAUUCCAGCUACUUAUUAUCUCAUCUGCAGAAUCCAUAUUCUGGCACAAGAAUGUAUUGCUUAAAUAAUUGGCACCGAGGAUUCUGAUAUGAAGGUCUGGGCUAAUGUUAUUCAAUUGUUUUUAAGGUUAUGUCAUCAUUGCUGCUUCUCUAACAGUAUUUAUGUACUCUGAAACAGAUAAUUAUAUGUUUUGUUUCUGGCAAC